AUGCCUUCGAUACGCCUCCAUCCUCAAUCCUCGUCCUCGGCAGAAAAGACUCCUUAUCCUGUCACCAAUCCCCUUCCUCAGCUCCUCCAAACCCCGUCAGGCCUCGCGCUGCUCGAGCUCCAAGGCACAAUCAAUCUCCCCUCCACAGAACAAGAUGAAUAUGAUACUACACCGGCGCCCCAAUCGCCGAAUGGCGUAUCCUACGAGACUCCGAUCGGCAAACUCAUGUUCCCGGAUUACUCUACCCUGAAUCCCGACGACACCAAGUGGAUGAAACGCGCAUAUCUCUAUGUGGGUCGGUACCAGCGCAUGACCGGGGAAGUGAAGAAAUUGCCCAAGCCAAUUGCUUUAUUGCAGAAGCGGGCUUCUUCGUCUACGGAGAUUGAGGAUUUAGAAGUUGUGGAAAUUAUUCGGUACAAGGUGUUCUUCAAGAAUCGACCGGAACCUGUGAAUAAUAUCUGA